AUGAAAGGGAUCGACCCCAGCGUCACUACACACGAGCUCAACGUCGAUCCAACAUUCAAACCAAUUCGUCAAAAAAGACGAAAGCUCGGCCCCAAACGAUCAAAUGCUGUCAAUGAAGAGGUCGAUCGAUUGCUAAACACAGGCUCCAUCACGGAAGUGAAGUAUCCCGAAUGGCUGGCAAACCCAGUCAUUGUAAAGAAGAAGAAUGGCAAAUGCAGGGUCUGUGUCGACUUCACCGACCUCAACAAAGCAUGUCCUAAAGACAACUUUCACCUCCCUCACAUCGAUCGACUCGUCGAAUCAACAGCCGGCAACGAGCUGCUGACAUUUAUGGAUGCCUUCUCUGGUUAUAACCAAAUAAUGAUGCAUCCAGAUGAUCGAGAAAAAACUGCUUUCAUCACUGACCGCAGGAUAUACAGCUACAAAGUAAUGCCUUUCGGUCUCAAGAACGCCGGCACGACAUACCAACGACUCAUCAACAAAAUGUUCGCCAAGCGAUUGGGAGCCACAAUGGAAGUAUACAUUGACGACAUGUUGGUGAAAUCCCAAAAGGCAAUCGAUCAUAUCGACUACCUCAAAAACUGUUUCUUCAUCUUGAACAAGUAUGGCAUGAAACUCAAUCCAACGAAAUGCACUUUUGGUGUAAUGUCCGGCGAAUUCCUUUGA